GUCCAGUUUGCUCCAACGCUCCAAGCCAUCAAGACACCACCACAAUUCUCUCCUCGCCUCCUCUCAGCUCACUCGUUCGCUCUCUCAAGUUGAGAAAAAAAUUGAACAAAAAACUUUAACUUUUUCGUCCCAAAAUCGAAUCUGGUUGGUUUUAAGCCAAAUAACUUUUCCACAUUUCCAUCAAUUUUUGUAAAUACUGGAAAAGAUGUUGAAGAGAAAUCAAAAUUGAGUGGAAAUCUAAUUUUUCAAGUCGAUCCUACCAAAGAGAAACCUCGAGUAUUGGGAAAGUCGUCCAAGUUGAGACGAAACUUUGUACAUUGAUAUAUACACGGAGAAAUUCUCAACUUUCUUUAAAAUCCGGUGUGCUCUGUUAUGACUUUGAAAUCGGUAAAAUUAUUCUUUUGAUCUGUAAAUUUGUUGAGAGUUUGUUAUUCGGAAUUAUUUGUGGAAAAUAUUUAAGGAGGAGAAAAGCAAAUUUUGAUUUAGUGGUUUCUUUGUAGGGAUAAGACUCGUGUUAUUGGUGGACUAAUGUCCACCGUAUCGUCAUGUUCUUACAACUGACUGUGUCGUCCUUACUUUUACUUGGGUGUAGUUUGUUCCCUUCUUUCCGUGUGGGAGGGGGUUAAAAAACACUGACAUUGCAAUUUGUACUCGUACGUGUGCCCGAUGAUCAUGGUGACAUCGCAUCUAGUUGCAGACAUAAAUAACAAAAUUAGAGUAUCGGAUAACGAACUAGUUAAUUGCACUUUUAAUGUCGUGAGUUAUUAAACUGAUGAAUUUUUCGUGUGGAAAUGUGAACAUCUCUCCCACAUACUUACGUAAGUAGCCUUUCCUCUCUGUAAAACUUGGUAAUCCAGGAAAUUUGUGUGCAUACACGAACCCUUGAAAAUUCCAAGGCGUUAGUAGAACACCUCGUCACAAGACUAAAUACCCGAUGGAAACAUAAUACCGGGUAAAAUGUGAAUGAGUGAUAUGUGUCCUCGCUGAAUAAGACAUAAGAAUAAUAAACAAGAAAUUCUAGCUCCUCCAUUAUUAUUAUUCCUUUGUCGGGCGAAUCUCCACCGAACAAACCACAACACACAUACAUACGCACCCGUAAUUCCCUCUUCUUUAUUGGAUUUGUCGUGUGCAUAUACUGCCAAGUAAGUGAGUGGUGUCGUCUUCUUGUCUUCUACUACUUGUGGUUUGUCAUUUGUUGGUGAUAACAUCUUCACUUGGAAAAUAACCUAAAGAAAAACUUGUUGGGAAUCUUCAACACAAAAGCGUCGACAAUGAGCCUGAGUCACGUAUACUGCACGAUAAUCCUCAUCACCUGUAUGCUGGCCUACUACAACAGUCUCAACUGUCAACUCGUCUUCGAUGAUGUCAGCGCAAUUCGAGACAACCGAGACCUCCGACCACAAACUCCGAUUAAAAACUUAUUCUUCAACGACUUUUGGGGAACUUCCAUGCACAAGGAGCAGAGUCACAAGUCGUACCGACCAUUUUGUGUCCUUACGUUUCGAUUCAACUACCUUCUUCAUGGACUGGAACCUAUGGGCUAUCAUCUCGUCAACGUGAUACUUCAUGGCAUCGUUUGCAUUUUAUACUUCAGACUUUGCACCAUGUUUCUACCGGAAUUGGGGAGUUUUGUGGCCUCCAUGCUCUUUGCCGUGCAUCCCAUCCACACGGAAGCUGUAACCGGGGUCGUGGGAAGGGCCGAGUCUUUGUCCUCGAUAUUCUUCAUCUUGGCUUUCACCACGUAUGUGAAAGCGACCAAGAAACGGAGCAAAACAGACUGGAAGCUGAUGCUGGUGUGCAGUUUGCUCGUUGCGGUUGCCAUGUUGUGCAAGGAGCAAGGGAUCACGGUCCUUGGCGUGUGUGCCGUGUAUGAAAUAUUCAUCCUGCAAAAGUUGAGAGUGAAGGACCUAAUCCUCCUCCUCCAGCCUGCGUUAAGAGGUAAAGGCUCCCUCCCCUCUUGGAUAAGUCCCGUGAGCCAGAGAAUGUUGGCGCUGAUAGCGACUGUGAUUGUACUAUUUUUUGGUCGCCUUAUUGUCAUGGGUUCGCAACUGCCCGUGUUCACGCGGUUCGACAACCCCGCAUCCGUGGCCGAGUUUCCUGUGCGUCACCUCACCUACAAUUAUCUGAUUGCGAUGAACAGCUGGCUACUGUUGUUCCCAUGUGAUUUGUGCUGUGACUGGACGAUGAACACCGUCCCCUUGAUCGAGGGCUGGGGAGAUCCUCGAAAUUUUGCAACCAUUUCGACCUUCGCCGUUCUCUUUCUCUUGGCCAAGGCGGCCUUGUCCCGAGGCUCGGAUCGGCACUCAAACAUUGUCAUCAUGGGUUUGUCACUCAUGGUGUUCCCCUUCCUGCCCGCAUCCAAUCUAUUCUUCCCUGUGGGUUUCGUAAUCGCGGAGAGGAUCCUGUACAUCCCUUCCAUGGGGUUCUGCCUCAUCGUCGCCUACGGGUGGACGCGGAUCUACUCCUCCAACAAGGAGCGGAGAAAGUGGUGCUGGUUAUUUUUGGCAGGAUUGUUGUUUCUCCACGGGGCCAAGACACACGUCCGGAACAACGACUGGGAAUCGGAAUACUCCAUUUUCAUGGCUGGACUCCGGGUGAACCAACGAAAUGCCAAACUCUACAACAACGUCGGACAUGCUCUCGAAUCCCAAGGAAAAUAUAAGGAUGCCUUGUUCUAUUUCCAGAAAGCUGUGGGGUCACAAGCAGAUGACAUCGGUGCUCACAUCAAUGUUGGGAGGACGUAUAACAACCUCAAGCUGUAUAAAGAGGCGGAGGACGCAUACCUCAAGGCCAAGUCGUUGCUCCCCAAGGCAAAACCUGGCGAAUCAUACCAAGCAAGGAUCGCUCCCAAUCAUCUCAACGUAUUUCUGAACCUGGCCAACCUGAUUGCUCGGAAUGAAACUCGACUCGAGGAGGCUGACCGUCUGUAUCGACAGGCCAUCUCCAUGAGGGCAGAUUACACGCAAGCCUACAUCAACCGUGGCGACAUUCUCCUCAAAAUGAAUAGGACAAAGGAAGCACAGGAGGUGUAUGAGCGAGCCUUGUUCUAUGAUAGCAGCAACCCCGACAUUUACUACAAUCUUGGAGUGGUUUACUUGGAGCAAGGAAAACCAUCUCAGGCUCUCGCAUAUUUGGACAAAGCUCUCGAUUUCGAACCGGAACAUAGUCAAGCUCUCUUGAAUUCAGCCAUCGUUCUGAGUGAAUUAGGAGACCCACCACAUCGGGCCAUUGCGAAACAGAGGCUUCUCACCCUCCUUUCGAGAGACACGAAUAAUGAGAGGGCUUACUUUCACAUGGGCAUGUUGGCCAUGGACGAUAGAGACUCGGAAAAUGCGGAAAAGUAUUUCCGGUUGGCGAUUCAACUCAAGGAGGAUUUCAGGAGUGCUCUGUUCAACUUGGCAUUGUUGCUGGCAGAUAGUCAAAGACCAUUGGAGGCCGCUCCGUUCUUGAACCAGCUAGUGAAAUAUCAUCCAGACCACAUUAAAGGGCUUAUUUUGUUGGGAGACAUUUACAUCAACAACAUUAAGGAUUUGGACUCUGCAGAGGCGUGCUAUCAAAGGAUUUUGACACUGGACCCGGAAAACGUGCAAGGUCUGCACAACCUCUGCGUCGUCUACGUGGAAAGAGGAGAUCUUCUCAGGGCUGAGAAAUGCUUUAUUCGAGCUUCACAACUUGCACCACAUGAGGAGUACAUUGUUCGACAUUUGAAGAUUGUUCAGCAAAGAAUCAACAAGCUGACAUCCGUCGUCAACCAAAACUCGCCGACCAAAAGUGUCAUGCAAAAAUCUCAGAACGAAUUUGACGACACCUUCGACGUCGACCAUGUGGACGAUGCCACGACAGAAGAUGGAGCAUCAGAUCAGAAUCAUCCGGAAAAUGACAACAGCAAUGAUGUCAACUUUGGGGAUAAUGGAAGCAGCAAAAAUUAUAUGCCCAACACGGAGAAAAUUUUUCCAUAAGAUAAAAUGCAACCAGUUAUUGUUUUGCGUAAAGAAAAAAAAAUCAUGUACUUUGAAUUGUAAUUAAUAUACAUAUUUCUAUUUUAAGUUAAACAAUUUGCUCUAAGUACUUAUAUAAUGUCUCUUGGCUUACUUUUAAAGUAGCUGUUGCGAGACGACGUGUUUCGGUUUGAAUCUCAUUGUGUAAUUUUUGUGGACAUGUUUGCAAUUAAGGACUGUUGUACCUCACAAAUAUGAAAAAUAUUUUGUAAAUGCUAUAACGAAACGACAGAAUGCUACUCGACUCUUGUAUGAAAAUAUUUUUGUGUGCGCUAAUGUAAAAAAAAUAUUUCUGCAAAUUGUAGGAUUAUGAAAGCUAGAUUGUAUGUAUGUCAUGUACAUCUAAUGAUGUUGUAAUAAUGUACUAUAUACAAUUAUACAUACGUUUAAUUAAUGAUGCUAUAGAAAUAUACACUUGAAGUUGUUUAGUGAUGGUUGCAAAUCAAUUAAAAGUUUGGUAGUGCAGGCCUGGUACUCACAUACACUGUACGCAACGUAUUAGGAUAUGUAUUUAGCUACGUAUGCACAUAAGUAGGUAUACUGCUUAGUUUUACUUAACAGAUUUUUCUGAUUGAAAAAUAUUACAUGGAAAACAAUUUUGAUUCACGAAACAAAAACAGAUUUGGAAUGGAUCGGACUAUUACGAUAACAAAACAGUUUACUAUACAAUCAUUGUUAACUUUUAACUUUAAUUAUCUACAUACUUAAUUGCACUACUGUUAAAAAAGAAAACUAGUUCUUAAUAAAAUAAAAAGUAUAUAUUAUAUAUAUAAUCAUGUAUUCUGUAACUUUGUAUGUAAUUGGAUGGCCCUAAAAUGGUGCCUUUGUGUCUUUGUACUUUCACUUUAAUACUAAUACUACUACGUCACAAUUUAAGAUAAAUUGUGCACAUUUUUUCAGACUAGAAAUGAAAAGAAUGUUAUUAUAAAAUUUGACAUGUAUGUAUACUCACUCGUAAACUCGUACAUGAAGAAAAAUACUGUAAAAUAACACUUUGAAUGUGUAUGGUUUAAGCUGGGUACACAGUCUUAAAAAAGUCAAGUCUUAUGGGUAGCACAAUAGGAAAAAAAACGUUAUUUCUCGUGAUACGCAUAAAAAUGAGUGAUUAUGGAUAUUUGGACCUUUAUGUGUUGUAUGAAAAACUUGAUGAAAGACUUCAAUGAAUGGAUGAUGAUUGUUCUUUCUUUGACAAUGUACUCUUUAUACGAUAAAUCUCUAACCAUAAGUACAUACUUGUUGUACCACUAACUAAGUAAAAAUAUUAUAACCAUUCUUUUAUCAGGAUAAAUGAGGAUUUUCGUGAUAAUACAUAUUUUAUUCUCAGCGGAAAUGAUAAAAAUUAAAAAUA